AGCCGCGGCGGCAGCAGCAGCAGCAGCGGCAGCAGCAGCAGCAGCGGCGGCGGCGGGAGCGGCGCGGGCAGCUCUCCCUCGGCGGCCGCCGCCUCGCCCCGCGCCGCGGGGCUAUAAUUGAAGUACAAGAUGGCAAGAACCAGCCACAGCAACUAUGUCCUUCAGCAGCUAAACAACCAAAGAGAGUGGGGCUUUCUGUGCGACUGCUGUAUCGCAAUCGAUGAUAUUUAUUUUCAAGCACAUAAAGCAGUCCUUGCUGCGUGCAGCUCCUAUUUUAGGAUGUUUUUUAUGAACCAUCAACACACUACAGCCCAGCUGAAUCUAAGCAACAUGAAGAUUAGCGCUGAAUGCUUUGAUCUUAUUUUACAGUUCAUGUAUUUAGGAAAAAUUAUGACAGCCCCUGCCAAUUUUGAGCAAUUUAAAGUGGCCAUGAACUAUUUACAGCUAUAUAACGUACCUGAAUGUCUAGAAGAUAUACAGGAUACAGACUCAUCUAGUUUAAAAUGUUCAUCUUCUGCUUCUAGCACCCAGAAUAGUAAAAUGAUAUUUGGCGUGAGAAUGUAUGAAGACACGCUUGCUAGAAAUGGCAGCGAAGCAAACAGGUGGGGCAUGGAGCCGCCAAGUUCAACAGUAAAUACAUCCCAUAACAAAGAGCCUGAUGAAGAAGCUUUGCAGCUAAGCAGCUUCCCCGAACAACUGUUUGAUGUCUGCAAAAAAAGCACCACGUCCAAAUUCUCUCACACAAAAGAGCGUGUGUCCCACUCACGCCGUUUUGGAAGAAGCUUCACCUGCGACAGCUGCGGGUUUAGUUUUAGCUGUGAAAAGCUACUGGAUGAGCACGUGUUAACAUGCACUAACAGGCAUUCCUACCAAAGUGCCAGGUACUACGGUGCUGAAAAAAUAGACUUUAAUGAAAAGGACUCUACUUCUAAAAUAAUCUCCACACAAACAGAAAAAUACAAGGGGGACUCGAGCCAAGCUGCGGACGAUUCUUCAUCUCCUGUGUCAAACAUCACGAGCAGAAAAAGCAGCACGGUUGCCUCCGAGACAUCAGGUGAAGAAGGAAGUAGAGCCUCUGAGAGGAAGAGGAUUAUCAUCAAGAUGGAACCAGAGGACAAUCCUGCAGAUGAGCUGAAGGAUUUUAAUAUUAUUAAGGUGACAGAUAAAGACUGCAAUGAGUCUUCCGACAAUGACGACCUAGAUGAUGAACAGGAAGAGCCGCUUUACAGAUACUAUGUCGAGGAAGAGAUCAGAGAGAAGAGAAAUGCUCGAAAGACUUUAAAACCCCGUUUAUCCAUGGAUGAGGAUGAAAGAAAGUGUUUGAAAAGUCCGCGGCACCUUAACAGGAAGGCUCCUUCAGUGCAGGAAGACGUGGAGAACGCUCCCUGUGAACUUUGUGGGCUAACAAUCACCGAGGAAGAUUUGUCCUCUCAUUAUUUAUCCAAACACAUAGAAAAUAUAUGUGCUUGUGGCAAGUGUGGUCAAAUACUGGUCAAAGGCAAGCAGUUACAGGAUCAUGCGCAGACCUGUGGAGAACCUCAGGAUCUGACCAUGAACGGUAUCAGAAAUUCUGAGGAGAAAAUGGACUUAGAAGAAAACCCUGAGGAGCAGUCGGAAAUAAGGGACAUGAUGUUUGCAGAGAUGCUAGAGGACUUCAGGGAUAGUCACUUCCAAAUGAACAGCCUUCAAAAAAAACAGUUAUACAAGCAUUCUGCCUGUCCUUUCCGAUGCCCUAAUUGCGGUCAGCGUUUUGAAACUGAAAACCUGGUGGUUGAACAUAUGUCGAACUGCCUGGAGCAAGAUCUGUUCAAGAACUCCAUGAUGGAAGAGAACGAGAGGGAUCACAGACGUAAGCAUUUCUGCAAUCUUUGUGGGAAAGGAUUUUAUCAGCGUUGCCACUUGCGGGAACACUAUACUGUUCAUACCAAGGAAAAACAGUUUGUUUGUCAGACAUGUGGGAAGCAGUUCUUAAGAGAGCGCCAGUUGCGGCUCCACAAUGAUAUGCACAAAGGCAUGGCCAGUAGUGAAAUAGGGACUUCUAAGCUUCUGAACAACUGAGAGAACCAGGUUUGAAGAAGACAUGAGGAAGAACUGGUCGGCAAAAGAUUUCAUAAAAACUCAGAACCACGUGUGCCAGAUCUGAAUUGGCACCACCUUUGCUUUUUUGACAUACUGCAGCAGUCGCAAAAGGCACCAAAGCAGUCAAAUUAGAACAUGCAGUAAAAGUCGUUUUGGACUCGUCUCUGUAUUAUAAAACUUACUUCCUUGUGACUAUUAUUUACACCUGUUAAAAACAAAUUUGAAGCCUCCUUUCAUGGAGCAGACAGCCAAAAGAGGCAGAUGCCAGGUGUUAAGAGCUGCACUGAAAUGAGUUUGCAGAAUUUGCUAUUCACGUGCUGGAGCACUCCUUUUCUGAAAUGAGGCUUCUUAGAGUUUCUGUCAAAAACUGUUCAGAUUUUUUAGUUCAAACAUUAGAAGUGUAUCCUCGUGAACUAAAACUUAUGUAUUUUCAGACAGUUAGAAUGCUAAACUAUCAAGUGUUAAAAAAGAGAAAAAAAAAAUUUAAUCUGGAGUACAAGGUGGAAAAAAAAAAAAAUCUUAAAAACUGAGGACAGAGGGUCCCUGAGGAGGGACAGGAUGGUGAGAAAGAUCCAGCUGACCUGAUUCCCCCUGCUGCCAUGACCAUCAUUUGCAAGCUGAAGAGGACGUUCCAUGGAGCACAAUGCUUGUAUGUGGAGAGUAAAGAAAUGGUGCUCUGGUCUUAUUACAAGAAUGGUGAAAAAUUUUUACCAACAAGGAGAUGAGUAAAUGUGAAAUAAUCUUCACAGGGCACAGGGUGCACCUUGUUCUGGAUCUAAGCCUUGCAAAAGCUGGCUUGAAGAGGAGAAUCAGGCAUUCAUGUUCAGAUUUGAGCAUUUUAGGAAUCCUAAUGUUUCCAGCUAAAUUAAUGGGGAAAAAAAACCUAACCAAAAAAACAACAAGGCAGUAAAUGUUUCAAAUUAGGGCCAGCAUGGAUUAAAAAAAUAUUAAUUUCUUUUGCUUCCCCCAGACAACAGUGGAUCAGAUUGAGACAUAAGCAGACUAAACAUGCUGAUCUAUAUUCUGCUGUAGUUACGCAUCUUACUAAUUCUACUCAUGACUAUAAAAGGAUGUUUCAUUGUUCAGUAUAACUGUUAUCUCAAGAAGAGUCUGUCUAUAACUUUAUUUAUAAUUGGUAUCAUUUUCAUUACUGUUGUUAUGAAGUGUGUAAAAUAUUGUCUGUAUUGCAGCUUGUA